AUGGGUGAUCGCCGACUGGGCGCACUUUCCGUUUCUUUCGCCGCCCCGUGCGUCAAGGUAGAUGAGAAGAAGGCGUAUAUCAGUUCUGUUCAGUGCCUGGCCAGGCUUCCUCCCGAGAUAUCAAAAGCGGUGUGUCCUGGUUGCAGGAACCGUUACGAUGACUUCGUUGUGGUCCACAUCCAACAGUCAUUCAGUAUUCACGUCACAGGCAAUUUCCUCACAUGGCAUCGUUCCUUCACCUGGUCCUACGAGCAGACAUUGCGCAACGAAUGCGGCUACAGGGGCAGUCAGCCCUACUACAGCUACUCAAGGUGGACUAAAGACCCAACGAAGUCGCCACUACUCGAUGGUUCCGAUACGUCAAUUUCUGGUCAAGGUGCACCAGGUUGUAAGAACCAAACGUUGACAGGCAUUCCGCUCAACACGCAACCCUUGAUCAAGAUCCCACAUGGACCCGGUGGUGGUUGCGUAACUACGGAGCCUUUCAAGGACUGUACCGACCACCAGUCUUUCUGGAGCAGUCUUCAAGGUGGCGCGACCGACAGCUUCAUGAACUUCAUUGGCGUUCACACUUAUGGUCACUUCGUCAUUGGUGGUGACCCAGGGGGUGACUUCAUGUCUUCUCCUGGACACCCAUUCUUUUUCUUCCACUACGCCUCGAUUGACCGCCUCUACUGGAUCUGGCAGAAUCUCGAGCCUGCUGAACGUACGAAGGCCCUCUACGGCCCUACUUUCAUAUCAGAUUUCACCUCGCCCGCUGCUAGCCUGCAAGAUAAGCCCACAAUGGGUACUGCCUACCCCGGUGACAUCACUAUCGAGGAUGCGUCUAGCACGAUGGCAGGACCCUUCUGCUACAUCUACGUCUAG